AUGGCGGUUGUGUUUUGGCGGGUAGCAUAUUCUUGCUUAAGUGAUGAUCGAGCACACCGCCCAGAUAUGCACCAUAUUGUGGUUAAACUUGAGAAUGCAUUGGAACUUCAGUUGCGUCGUGAAAAUAUUAGGAGACAAAAACAUCCAGACCAGUUGUUUAAGGGUGAGAGGGAUCAGGAGGGUACUUCCCGCACUUUAAGGGUGAGAGGGAUCAGGAGGGAAAACAAGUUGGGACACUUGAAGAUUCGUCUUGGUGAUAUUAAAUUAGCAACCAAUAAUUUCUCAGAGACAUACACAAUUGCAUCUAUGGAUGGCGAAUGUACUUUGUACAGAGCAGAGCUCCAUUGUUUUGAUAAAGAAAAUCCUUCAUCUGAAAAGGGGAAGAACAUAGGAGAACAUCCCAAGGGACACGACAUUGUGGUUAUAAAACGGUACCCUUCUGGAAAUCAGUGUUUUGGAGAAGAAGAGCUUUUUACAGAAAUUGAGAUGCUUUCAAGUGUUGAGCAUCUGAACAUAGUCACUUUAAUUGGAUUCUGUAUUGAAGAUUCUGAGAUGAUCCUUGUCACUGAGAAUGUGUCUAAUGGAUACCUUUGGAAUUAUUUGGGAAACGACAAUGAUAUGCGUAUUUUGACAUGGGAGAAGCGUUUGAAAAUCUGCAUUGAUGUUGCGAACGCAUUGGAGCACCUUCACUCUGGGAUGGAAGACCAAAAGAUGAUAAUACACCGUGAUAUAUGUCCCUACAACAUUGGGUUGGACGAGAACGGGAGGGCAAAGAUUGAUGGGUUUGGAACCUGUGUAUUCUUGCCUCCAAAUGAAGAAGACGAAGCUGUCUAUAUCGAGUGGCGUGGCAGAUCGGCCUACAUAGAUUCAGAGUAUGAGAAGACUCGUAAGUUAAAAAGAGAAUCAGAUGUAUAUAGUUUUGGAAUAGUUUUGCUUGAAAUUCUAUGUGGGAGGAGAGCCAGUGACCCAAUUUACACGAAGGAGAAUGUUAGAGGGUUGGGCCCCGUGGCAAGACAAAGCUUUUGCACAGGAACUCUAGAGGACAUGAUAGAUCCUAUACUAAAGGAAGAAACCAGUGAAUGCAAUUUUGUCCUAAAGAGAGGACCCAACAAGGAGUCUUUACACACAUUCAUGAAAAUUGCAUAUCAAUGUGUGGCAGAAACUCAAGGUCAACGUCCUACAACGAAAGUUGUUGUUAAGGAACUUGAGAAAGCAUUAUCAUUUCAAUUGAAUUCAGAGGUAAAAUCUGAUUAUGUGGAGGAGAAGAGUCAUGCUUCGGUAAUUGAGACACAAGUAGUUGAGCUUUCCAAUGAAUUGAACAAUAUGAACAUGACUGACAAAUCUGAAAAUUUUGAAAUUCAUAACAAGGAAAAUAUGUUACAUGACCAAACGGAUGACCCAGCUGAUCCUGAUUGUUGUAAGUUUGCUAUGUUUUAA